ACACUGCUCGAACCGUGGAUGUUCCGAUUUCCAAUGGAAGCAUGGAUGAUGGCAACGGUCUACGGACUUCAAUAUGAGGAUCGCGAUGACCCGCCGGGGAAGUCCUCGUCUAACAUGUAACCGAUGGCCCCUGCAAGGAGGAACAAGGUCUGUUAGCAGAUAAAAGGGAAGACUCCAGCCAGACACGAGAAUCAGGUGACCCUACAACAGUUUUUUACAUUCCCUAUAUUUAUUCCGUCGUGAAGAAUGCGAGACGGCUAUUCCGCUGAAGCCACAGAUACACUGUUGCAGGGUAUCGUAGGCAACACGUGUUUGCGUUCAUGAGAGGUGACGACUGCAGAGGUGAUCACUAUCCUCUCUCUCGCAGGACGCUGUACCUAGUGGCGUAAAUUGGUUGAUGCGAAAUUGGCUACUUCAAGGUGUGAAGUGUAAAGGGAUCGUAGAGGUCACAACAAAAACAUGUAGGAGUGUCCAAAAGAGGACGCACGCCACAGUAUCUGUAUCAUCCCUCGUCUCCCACCAGAAAACGACGCUGGCACACCUACACCUCGGUGCCAUUCCCCUCAGCUUCAGUACAGAUAAAGAUCGUCUUCUUUUUAGCCAUUUGGACGGCAAUGCACGGUAACAUGUGAAACUUGUGUCUUCUGUAGAAGCGCCACAAACGAGUUCUUGGUAGACAAGUUCAUCACCAAUGUACUACCAAUUUUUGCAGGUCCUCUGCAGGCGAAAUUGGAGGAACGACACACGAACCUGCAACAGUAGCAUCCCGGGGGCUUAUGGGAUUACCAGCGCGCCACUGAUGGUACACUCCCAUGUGGAGAUGUACUGGUACAGGGCGACUUGGUGGAAAAUUGACACUGGAUAUAUGCAGCGUGAUAUUCUCAUCGCCAUGUUCAAGCUUCUCUGCCAGCACUGCAACCAAGAACGGAUGGAUGUGUGCGAAUGCGAACAAAAUCGACACGAUAGUGCACGUGAGGGUGCGGCCAAAGUGGCAGAAAAGGAGAGCCACCAACACUCCACGAAAGAGGAAUUCUUCGACGAUAGGUGCCACAACACACGCGCGAGCGAACGGCCAAAAUUCGUCCCGCACGCAGUUCGUAAGAAGAAAGACGAGUAUUUCGGCUGGAGCGCAUCUUCUCGGCUGCGUCGCAUGCACAUCCCCGGAGGUGCACAUUCUUCCUAA